AUUCAGCCUCACCACACACACACCUCUACCAUAGGAAAGGGCCCUAAUUCUCUUUAGCCCAACAUCAUAAACCACAAAAAGAACGACAAUACCCAGUCAGACACUCGGCAUCCCGGCGUCUCAUAAACAUAUUACCAGCAAAUCCUACUAAACCAUGACUACAUUCCACCGCUUCCCCCGUUUACCAGCCGAGCUUCGUCUCCGAGUCUGGGAAUUGACGGUCGAGCCUCGCACCGUCGAUUUCCGCAUUAACACUCCUCGAGCAAGUUACACAGCCGUCGAGGGAUUCAACGGCAGCCCCGUCAAAGCCCAGGAACUACUCUCCACCACUCCACCACCAGCAACUCUCCAAGCCUGCCAAGAAUCCCGCAACCACCUUCAGGGACGAGUAUACGGGCAAGUCUUCUGCGCAGUCUGCUUCUGCGACAUAGUAUCAACCGCCACUUUCCUAACUUUCGCUUCCGCUUCCACUCAAGAUCCAAAUCCAAAUCAUAACGAAGCCCCAACAACGAACCAAGCCCCACCCCCCGCCCCAGCCCCGAAACCAGAACCAGAACCAUCCCAGACCCAUCACCGGUAUAUCUACAUCUCCUUCCCCACAGACACCAUCGACAUCGGCACCACCUCAUUCUCCGACUUCUCCCUCUUCUCGGCCAUCUCCCACUACCUCCAGCAGCAGCACCCCUCCCACCCCUCCCUCCCCUCCCUCCCUUCCAGUUCCAGAUCCCCCACGCCCCUCGCACAAAAAAUCACCCGCCUAAAAUUCACCCGCAACUUCAGCGACGAGUACCUCGACAGAUGGGAGAUCAAACAAGGCCUUACCCGUUUCCCCAACCUGCAGCAGGUGUACUGUGUUUGUGGGGACGGCAUCAUGGCGUGGUAUGGCGCGACGAAGUGGAUUGGAUUUGAGAAUCUGCCUUGUGGGACGGAGGGUGUGUGGUUGAUUGACAAAAAGGAUAACAAAGAAAUCAAGGCGGUGAAGUGGGAUGAGGCUUGGAGGGUGUGUCACAAUUUUGGAAGUUGGGGUGGGGGGUCUUUGAUGAUGAAUGGAAACGCCACUGUUGAUGAUGAUGAGUGGUGAUGUAUGAUUCAACUAUCUGGUUGAUGAUGGAGAGAGGGACGGGAGAGAUGACUGGGCUUGACGAAGUCCACAAACCAUAGCGCGCCACCAGGGUUUUAGAAACCGAUCCUCGGGAUGUUCUUGUAACUGUAAAAUAUAUUUUGAGACGAUUUUGGCAUGGAACUGAUCCAAAGAUCAGUUUGAAACGGCAAGACCAUCUCCAGGAUGGACCCAAAUCCCUUUCUUAGACCAAAAUAUCUUAUUUAGGUAAAAUGGCCUCCUCUAAAAAUGAUCUUCAAAG